AUGGGUUUGCCUUUUGAUCAAGUGGAAGAAUUGCGUCUCUACCAGCAAACUCUCCUCCAGGAUGGACUCAAAGACAUGUUGGACCACAAUAAGUUCCUGGACUGUGUCUUGAAAGUGAAGGGGAAGGAGUUUCCCUGCCAUCGGCUGGUGCUGGCAGCUUGCAGCCCCUAUUUUCGAGCUAUGUUCCUCUCGGACAUGGAGGAGAGCAAGAAGAGGGAGGUCAGCCUGGAAGACGUCGACCCAGACGUCAUGGGCAAGAUCCUUCAUUACAUCUACACCUCAGAGCUGGAGAUCACGGAGCAGAACGUCCAGGACAUCUUCUCCGUGGCCAACAUGUUCCAGAUCCCUUCCAUCUUCACCGUCUGCGUGUCCUUCUUGCAGAAGAGGCUCUGCCUCAGCAACUGCUUGGCCAUCUUCAGGCUGGGCCUGAUGCUGGACUGCGCCCGGCUGGCGGUGGCCGCGCGGGACUUCAUCUGCGACCGCUUCCCGCUGGUCUCCCGGGACGAGGAGUUCUACCAGCUCUCCCCCGACGAGCUCAUCGCCGUCAUCUCCAGCGACUCCCUCAACGUGGAGAAGGAGGAGACCGUCUUCGAGGCCGUGAUGAAGUGGGUGGGGACCAAGGACCGCGAGGGCCGGCAGAAGGCCCUGCCGGUCGUCUUCGAAAGCAUCCGCUUCCGCCUCAUGCCCGAGGACUACGUCAAGGACCACGUGGAGAAGCACGCCCUGGUGAAGGCCAGCCCCGAGCUGCUCAAGAAACUGCAGAUGGUGAAGGAUGCCCAGAAAGGCAAAAUCACCGUGGUGAAGAAGAAGAAAGGGAAGAAGGGCGGUGAAAAGAGAGAGAAAGGAUUCGUUGCCAACGGGGCGGUGGUGGUGGAGGAGGAGGAGGAGGAGGAGGAGGCUCUGCCAGGGAUCUUAAACGACACCAUGCGCUUUGGGAUGUUCCUCCAGGACCUCAUAUUCAUGGUGAGCGACAGUGGAGCCGUGGCCUAUGACCCCACGGCCAACGAGUGCUAUUAUGCCUCCCUCUCCACCCAAAUCCCAAAGAACCACACCAGCCUGGUGACCAAAGAGAAUCAGAUCUUCAUUGUUGGAGGACUAUACUACAACGAGGACAGCAAAGAGGAUCCCAUGAGUUCCUACUUCCUACAGGUAUUACCUUUAUCCUCUUUUGUUUCUUUGACCCCUCUGGAGCAUCACCAGUGUUUAGGUUCCACAGCAGUAUCCUUCAUUGUUGUGUGUUGCUAA